AUGGAAUUCUCUUUUAAUGUGAACCUCUUAUUUCCCGAGAGGUUCUCCAUUUUGGACAAGAGCCUCGUUUCAGGUCGUGCAUCUCCGAAUAGACCAGAUCUUCAAUCCCAUGUAGCCACUGUUAUCGAUGAGCUGGGGAGAGCCUCUGCAAAGGCCCAAAAGUUAACCACACCUGUCACAACUGCUGCCAAAUUGCAGUCUCAGAAUCAUCAACUCUACUUGAUGAAGGAUGGAGAAAGCAACGGAGGGUGUGGCACAAUUGUGGGAUUUCUCAAAGUGGGAUUCAAGAAGUUGUUUCUGCUGGACCGGCAAGGUUUGCACAUAGAGGAUGAGCCUCUCUGUGUUUUGGAUUUCUUCAUCGUGGAGAAUUUGCAAAGAAAGGGCUAUGGACUGGAGCUGUUUAAUUUCAUGUUGCAGGACAAGAAUCUAGAACCGGUGCUGAUGGCGUAUGACAGGCCCUCUCCUAAAUUGUUGUCUUUCCUGGCCAAGCAUUACAGUCUGACGCAAAGUGUCCCUCAGGUCAAUCACUUUGUAGUGUUUGAUGGCUUCUUCCUCAACAAACCAGUGGCCCAAUUGAGAACGAUUCCCCUAAAAAAGCAAGGCGGCGAGAUCAAACCCUAUUCCAUAAUGGAGAGAGAAGCUGUCCGUCAGGAGCAGAGGAACCUUCCGUGGCCGUUUGCCCCUCUCCACAAUCCCCAGCGGUUGGUAUCCUCCCACAGCGCGGGAUCCUCCCCUACCAGGACGCCCCCUCAGUCAGCCCCAACGUCUGGCCCUGGGGUACACAGGAACCAGAGUCCGAACUUUCCUCUCAUCGAACGAUCCAGGGAAAGACGCACCAGUUCCCUCAAUAGAUCUCAACUGAGCUUCCAUUGA